AUGUCUGAUAGUAGUACUUCUCCAUUAGAGGAAAAACAGCAGGAGUCCCCAAAGACUGCUACUACUCCUCAAGUACAGUCAACACCAAGAUCUUCUCGCAUCCAAAGAAGGACAACCGACAUCUACAACGCAAAUCCUGAAAAGGAUGAAAAGGAAGAGAUGGAAGACGAUGCUAAGCACCAUCCAGCUGGUGCACAGUUCAAAGCUAUGUUCUAUCGUAGAUGGAUCGGUGUUAAGAGAUCUAUUGGUUCAGUUAUUGCAAAUAUCAUCGUUACUUUAGUCGUUUCUUGCUUAGCUAUUGUUGUCAAGGCUCUUAUGAACACUCUUGUUAGUGAUAAGUUCGAAUACUUCAACUUUACAGCAUAUCCAUUUAAGGGUAACAUUCUUCCUGUGAUCGCCUCCGAUUACGCGAAUAACUUCACUAAGAAGCCAUUCCAGUCAAAGUAUGUUGAAGUUAUCAAAGAGCUUUAUAAACAAGAUACAGGAACAGAUGCUGAUAUUCGGUUCUACGAUAAUAUAGAAUCCGCAAAUAAGUUCAUAUCCGAUUGUAGAUCAAAGGGUAUCUUUGUAUCAAUGGGUAUUGGUCUUCCAGAAGAAUAUAACCCACAAGGUGGUAACAAUUUAACAAUGAUCUGGAACGAUACAGUUGCUAUGAGUACACAAUCAUGGGUUGCUGAUAAUAUGUCCCUUAUUUCUUACGUCAACCUCUACAGAAUCGAGUAUGCUGUUCUCACAACCCCUCCGAACCUUUCAUCGUUCCCAGAACCAUUUAAGAGUAUCAUUACACAAAAAUAUGCAGCAUAUGGUUUAAGUAAGCACUGCAACUUGAACAUUAUUUACUCCUUAUUAGCUGGUCAGGGCAGAGAUAUCAUUUUCUCUGUCGUUGCUCCACUUCUUAUUGCUGCUGGUCUCACAAGUAUCAUCACAACAGUUAUUGUUACACCUAUUAUUGAUAUUCAAGGUCCAAUCAGAGCAUAUAUGGUCUCAUGCAACCUUGAAAUCCUUCCAUACUGGGUUGUUACAUUUUUAUUCGAUUUCAUCAACUGGACAAUCGAAGUUACAUUGGUUUGGGUCUUGUUCGUCAUUUGCCGUGUUGAAAACUUCUCAAAGAACUUAGGCCAAACAUACUACAUUCUUUGGAUCUGUGGUCCAGCAAUGAUCCUUUACAUUUACUCUCUCUCCUUCUUAUUCAAUGAUGCAGAUUCCGCUUCUCGUAACGCUUUCAUCUGCAACAUUAUUCUUCUUAUCAUUCCAAUCAUCGUUACACUUGUCACACUCGAUUUCAACGAUCCACUUGGCUCUCUUAAUAAGACACAUUGGACAGGCUGGAUCUACGGUCUCUUCCCACCACUUCUUAUAGAAGGUUACAUGCAGCAGGUCUUCAUUACAUAUACUUAUAACCAUGAUGGUCUUAAGUACUACUUCAAGUCAGAAUCCGCUGCUCAGCCAUAUUCCAUCUAUGCAUUUGUUGAUAUUGUUAUCUACAUAUGCAUUCUUAUAUUCAUUGAGAGAUGGAGAAUUCACCUUCAGAGAAAGGCUGCUAAGUCCAACUUCGGUGAUUACCACGAGUUCUUCGAAGAACAGAAGAAGAAGCAUCCAGUCACACAGGAAGCUCACGAUAUGGAGAAAGAAGUUGAUGAAAACACAGAUUACGCUGUCAGAAUUUACAACGUAUCCAGAUUGUUCUUCAACACAGAAGGCAAGCCAAUUCCAGCCGUUAACAAGGUAUCUCUUGGUGUCAAGAAGGGAUCUCUCUUCGGCUUCUUAGGUGCUAACGGUGCUGGUAAGACAACACUUAUCAACAUGAUCACAUCUCUCUUACCACCAUCUGAUGGUACAAUCGAAAUCAAUGGUAAGGAUAUCAUGGUUGAGAAUGAUCCAUCAUUAUUGGCUGUCUGCCCACAGUUCAACACACAUCUUUGCAUGGAUAUGACAAUCAGUGAACACUUCCACUUCUAUUCUUUGUUACACAGAAUGAGCCCAGAACACGAAAAGAGAAACUCUGAGAGAUUAAUCCAGUUGCUUGAUCUCAAGGAUAUCAAGGAUAUUCCAAUCAGAGAACUCUCAGAAGGUGAUGUUAGAAAGCUUGCUAUCGCUUUGUCCUUCCUUGGUCGUGCUCAGAUCAUUCUUCUCGAUGAACCAACAGCUACAUUGGAUCCUGUCUCAAGAAGACAAGUUCACGAAAUGGUUUUGUACUACAGAGGCCAGAAGACAUUCAUGCUUUGCACUCACUUGCUUUCUGAAGCUGAAGCUCUUUGCGAUAACAUCUCCAUCAUGAUUAAGGGUAACGUUUAUACAGUUGGUUCCCCACAGUACCUUCAGUCUAAGUUCGGUACAGAUUUCAAGGUAGAUAUGCAGUUAGAAGAUGAACAGGAAGAGACAGGUGAAAAGGUUGAUAAGUUCUUCCAGGAGAACAUCCCACAGGCUGCUAUCUCUAUCAAGAGACCUUCUGCUAGAAUUUAUAAUGUUCCUGCUAUCUCUAUCAACUUGGGCGUAUUGUUCAAGAAGAUGGAAGAAGGUAAGAAGGGAGAUAAUGGCUUCAAGUACUAUACUUGCUCAUCAUCUUCUCUCGAAAAAGUUUUCAUGGAAAUUGUCAGAAUUUCAGAAGGCGAAGAAGGCACUUUAAUGUAA